AUGGUGAACCAUGGACCUUCUCGCGCAUGCACCCAAUGCAAGAAACGCAGAAAGAAAUGCGACCAAACACGCCCGUCAUGCAGCCGCUGCGUGAAGUCUCGAAGAGUAUGCCCCGGUUACGGAGAUGAUUCAUCAGUGGUAUUUCGCCAUUACCACCCAUUCAAGGACGCCACUUCCCUUGGUUUUGACCGCUGGUUCCCCGGAAUUCCCUCAAUCUGGGAAGAUGCGGCAAUUCAGAUCUUUCUUGAUACCCUGGUGGUUCCAUCACAGAACCGGCAAAAAUCCAGGGGGUUUCUUCAUGGAAUACAGUCAUUAUUGACUAGUGCGACGCCCGGCUCUGCCCUAUUCUCCGCAGCCAAGGUCGUUGCCCUUUCUGCGAUCUCAAACAGCACUAGGUCGCCUGGUCUCGUAUCAGUGGUCCAGACACUAUAUGGCAGCGUUUUGAGGGAUUUGACCUUGUCUCUACCCGGUGAUGAUUCUACCGUGCCAGUCGAAACGUUUCUUACAGCUAUUUUAUUGGGUCUUUAUGAGAUCAUCUCAAGUAGCCAUGCGUCGCCUGCCAAGCAUCUUGUCCACGUUCGAGGAAUCGUAUCUUUCAUUCACAAAGGAGUCCACUUUUCAAACAAAGUUUCGAAAAUACAGUCGCACUCACCGGGAAGUCCUCUGAUCCUAAAAAGCGAAGGAAUGUAUCGGAAAACGGUGCUGGGUGUUUUUUGCCCCCCGAUAAAUGACAGACCACGCCGAUCUGUCGACCUCAUCAUCAUCAAGCUUUCAUCACUCACGGACCACAUCCAGAGACUUCUACAUCAGCCGUCGCCCUCCCUCGAUGAACUGACCAAGAUUCAAAGGAGCUUUCUUGAUUUGGAGGACGAAAUUUCUGGUUGGGAUGGUGAUCGCCCUCCCGAGUGGGCUCCUUCGCAUGCUGGGUUUGGCUGGGCGAGCCGAGAUCAUGCAGAGCAUUGCUCAGCCCCAUACUGCUCUGCUGGGCCCGUGGAGGAAUACCUUGAUUAUUACGUGGCGACUGCUUGGAAUUCUUGGCGCUCGAUUUACGUUCUAUACCUCGAUCACAUGGCCAACCUUGCUAAAGCGAUGGGACAAGAGGAGUGUAUUCCUAGCUACGCCAAAAAGGCGCAAGAGCUCGUGCAUGGUUUGAAAGCAUCUAUUCCAUACUUUCUAUCUCAAAGCCUACAGGGACAUCUGCAACAUCUUAACACUGGGCUGCCGCCAAACCAUUCGAACCGAGUGAUUAGGGGCCUCCUGCUGAUGCACCCCCUGUACGUUGUGGCCAAAUGCGAGAUCGUCCUGGUUCCUGAUAGAGAAUACUUGAUCCAAAACUUGAAGUGGAUCGGUUCGAGUAUGGGAGUAGGACAAGCGGCAAUACUAGCCGAUUAUUUGCAGCUAGAUGUCUUGGGAGCCAGAACAGGUCAAGCAUCUGAGGUACCGCUGAUGGAUGUCCUGGAAGGGUACUACCUUCUUUCAGCUGCGAUGAUGCUUGACUUAUCCUGA